AUGAAAUAAAAUUCUAGCAUUGCAGAUAAAUUCAAAUAAUCUUCAUAUUCACCAGAUAAAACAUAGUUUUCUUCUCAUUUAUAUUAAGAUUGUAAACUAUAACCUGUUUAUCCAAAGAUCGUUGACAAUUUAAUGAGUCUAAUGUGCAAUAAUAAGUUAGAAUAAAACAAUUGUCCUUAUAAGUUUUAAGAUAAAGGACUUCCUAUAUUAAUUAAUUAUAGAGCAUUAUAAAAUAAACAAAAGAAUCUUUAAAUUCCUAUAAAUUUAUUAAUAGAAUACUUUAAUUAAUGGAUAGAUAUAAUGAAGAUACAAAUAGAUGUAAUUAUUUAGAACCUUUAUGAUUGUGCUAAACAAUACUAUCCAUAAUAAAUAAAAUAUUUAAAGUAAAUAAUAGCAUAUGAUUAGAAAUACAUGAAAUAUAUGAUGCUUUCAAUAGGCCCUUCUAGAGAAAUUCACUAAAAUAACGAAUUAAAAAAAAUAGAAAUGAUUAUUUAAAGGUAUAUAAAAUUUAUAAAAAAAUAUAUAUAACUAUAAAAAAUAAUAAAAGGUAAAAUUUGA